AUGUCUAAAUUUGAAACCAUUGACUUUUCCACUUUGAAACCUUAUUUCCAUCAACCAGAUGCCAGAUUAUCCGAAGGUAUCACUUGGGUUGAAGAAACAAAGACUCUAGUUUGGGUUGAUAUCUUCAAAGCUGAAUUGAACAAGAUUGAAGAUAUCGAUUCACCAUCCACUUCACACUCUUAUUUUGCCAUUUCCAGUAAGAAUUAUGCAAAGGAUAAGAAAUAUCCAGGUGAUACCAAGUACGACGAAUCUAUUGGUGUUGUGUUCCCAGUCUUGCCAAAAUCCGGCUCAGAUAUCACUGAAGUUUUAUUUGCCUCUAGAUACGGGAUUGGUAAAGGUGAUUUCGUUACCAAGACUUGGGAAUAUUUAAUCUUGUUUACCGAAUGUAAGGAAGUUGAUGUUGAUAGAUUGAACCGUUUGAGAUCCAACGAUGGGAAUGUGGCUCCAGAUGGUACUAUUUAUGUUGGUUUAAUGAACGACUUUGAAUUCACUCCAAGUUUCGAUGGUUGUGUUCUUCAUGUUGAUUUAAUUAAAAAAACAGUUAAAUUGGUUUGGGAUGAUAUUAAAAUCCCAAAUUCCAUCCAUUGGGAUGCUAAAGAGGAAAACAUCUUCUUAACCGAUUCGUUAAGACAUUUAAUAUGGAAGGCGGAUGCCAAGGAUUUCUCAAAAAAGAAGGAAUUGGUUCAUAUUAAAGAGGCAAAUAAUGAUUCUUUUGAAUCUCCAGAACCAGAUGGAUCGAUCAUCUAUUUACCAGACAACGAAUUAUACUCUGCUGUCUGGUCUGCCAACAAAAUUCAAGUUUUCUCCAUGGACGAUGGGAAAUUCUUGAGAGAAUAUAUCUUACCAAAAGAAACCCCAAGAAUCUCUUGUUUAUGUCUAGUAGGUGCUGAUUUGUUUGUCACCACUGCCAAUUUAGAUGUAGAAAAUGGGAAAUUGGGUGACAUGAACGGUGGUUGUCUAUAUAGAAUCCCUAAUGUUUUGAAGGGCAAGGUUGAAGGUUAUACUUCAAAGAGAUUUCCCAAAUAUUAG